AUGUCGAACAAACAAGGAAAGAUGGCCGGUUAUAUCAACUGGCGUAUGCGCGUCACCCUGAACGACGGACGUGCCAUGACCGGCCAGAUGCUUGCAUUUGAUAAGCACAUGAAUCUUGUUCUCGCCGAUACCGAAGAAUUCAGACGCGUAAAGAGAAAGGCCAAGUCAACCGCGCCGGGCGCAUCAUCCCAGGUUGUCGAGACGGAAGAAAAGAGAACUCUCGGUCUGACCAUUGUUCGCGGCGCUCACAUCAUCUCCCUCUCCGUCGAAUCGCCUCCUCCCGCCGACCCCAGUGCUAGACUUGGAAAGAGUGCUCCCAGUGGUAUUCCAUCCUCUCUCACCGCCGGACCCGGAGUCGCCAAACCUGCUGGCCGUGGUGCCCCUGCUCCAUCUUUGGCUGGUCCCGCUGCUGGAGUUGGCGGUGGCGUGCCUCCCCCGGGCUUCCCCGGUUUCCCAGGAGCUCCUGGCUUUCCUGGUGCCGGACGAGGUGCUCCUCCCCCCGGUUUCCCCGGAGGCUUCCCUCCUCCACCUGGAGGAUUCCCUGGAAGCGCGCAAUUCCCUCCCCCCGGCUUUAACCCGCCUGGUGGCGGCCCCCCUGGAUUCAACCCUCCCCCACGAAGAUAG